AUUCACAGUUGCCCUUUCGGCGCUGUGUUGUCGAAGGCUGCAGACCCGUCAUAUCUGAGACUGUUUAUUAAUACAGGAAGACUGGGACAUGGACUGACAGCUCGAAGGAGAGCGCAGCUGUUGAAUCGAGGGGGAAACGCGGACUGUAACAGGAGAGUCUAUAAUAAUGACCAAAGAAGAUGAAAUUCCAGACUGGGCCGGAGCUCAAGACUUUUAUCAGAAAUAUGAUCCUAAAGAGAUCCUUGGAAGGGGUGUAAGCAGUGUGGUUCGACGCUGCAUUCAUAAGCGCACCACUCAGGAAUAUGCCGUAAAAGUCAUAGACAUUACGCCAUCAGAUAAGAUGAACACUGAGGAGAUCGAGGAGAUCAGGAACGCCACAAUUAAGGAGAUCGACAUCCUGAAGAAAGUCUGUGGCCAAGAAAACAUCAUUCAGCUGAAGGAUUGCUUCGAAACUAAAGCUUUUUUCUUCUUGGUGUUUGACUUGAUGAAGAAAGGAGAGCUUUUUGAUUACCUGACUGAGAAGGUUACGCUCAGUGAAAAAGAGACAAGGAAGAUCAUGCGCUCCCUGUUGGAAGUGGUUCAGUUCCUUCACUCCCAGAAUAUUGUACACAGGGAUCUGAAGCCGGAGAACAUCCUUCUGGAUGACAAUAUGAACAUCAAACUCACCGAUUUCGGCUUUGCUGUGCAGAUUGCACCAGGACAAAAACUCAACGAGGUGUGUGGAACGCCAGGAUAUUUGGCUCCAGAGAUUAUCGAAUGCUCAAUGGAUCCUCAUCACCAGGGCUAUGGAGCUGCUGUUGAUCUCUGGAGUGCAGGGGUGAUCAUGUUCACCCUUCUUGCAGGUUCUCCUCCAUUCUGGCACAGGAAGCAGAUGCUGAUGCUGCGUAUGAUCCUGGCAGGAAAUUACCAGUUCACCUCUCCGGAGUGGGAUGACCGGUCAGACACCGUCAAAGACCUGAUCUCCAAGAUGUUGGUGGUAAAUCCAGAGAAACGUUUCACUGCCACGGACGCCCUAAACCACCCUUUCUUUCAGCAGUAUGUAGUCGCAGAGGUGCGACAUUUCAGCCCAUACAGGAAGUUCAAGGUCAUCUGCAUGACAGUUCUGGCAACAAUGCGCAUUUACUGCAAUUAUCGAAGAGCCAAACCAGUUACUAAAGAAGUGAUCAAGAGCGACCCCUAUGCAGUAAAGCCUAUUCGCAAACUCAUCGACGCCUGUGCGUUCAAGAUUUAUGGCCACUGGGUGAAGAAGGGCCAGACGCAGAACAGAGCGGCCCUGUUUGAGAACAGUCCGAAAGCUAUCCUGCUUUCUCUCGCUGCCGAAUCAGUGGAUUCAUCUCUCAGAAUGAUGUAAGGCGUGUUGAAAAGACAUCAGUGCUUUAUACUGUAUAACAUCGUGAGUUGUUUCGAUAACUUCCCAGUGCCCACGCAUGAAUGAGUACACCUCCUUUGAAAAGUAAUGUUUUUAUCCAUUUACCAGUGAAACUGGACACUAUUCAUCGGUGCAUUUUAACAUUUAGAGUUGUUAAAAAAAGAGUGGGGUCACAUUACAUCUUUAAGAUGAGGAAAAAUAAUGGAUUUAUUUUACUAAAACUUACUAAAAUUUACUAAAACUAAAUACAUUUACAUUUAGUCAUUUAGCAGACGCUUUUCUCCAAAGCGACUUACAAAUGAGGACAAGGAAGCAAUUUACACAACUAUAAGAGCAACAAUGAAUAAGUGCUAUAGGCAAGUUUCAGGUCUGUAAAGUCUAAGAUGGAAAGUAUUAGUAGUAUUAGUUUUUUUUUUUUUUUUUGGGUACAGUUAGUGUGAUAUUCAGAGAGGCAAUUGCAGAUUAGGAAGUGAAGUGGAGACUAAAUAGUUGAGUUUUUAGUCGUUUCUUGAAAAUAGCGAGUGACUCUGCUGUUCUGAUGCAGUUAGGGAGUUCAUUCCAACAGCUGGGCAGAUUGAGCGUGAGCGUUCGCGAUAGUGAUUUCUUCCCUCUUUGGGAUGGAACCACGAGGUGACGUUCAUUCACAGAACGCAAGUUUCUGGAGGACACAUAAAUCUGCAGCAGUGAGAGCAGAUAAGAAGGAGCAAGGCCAGAAGUCACUUUGUAGGCAAACAUCAGAGCUUUGAAUUUGAUGCGAGCAGCAACUGGCAGCCAGUGCAAACGGACUAGCAGCGGAGUGACAUGUGCUCGUUUAGGUUCAUUGAAGACCACUCGUGCUGCUGCGUUCUGGAGCAGUUGAAGAGGCUUAAUAGAGUUAGCUGGAAGCCCAGCUAGUAGAGAGUUGCAGUAAUCCAGUUUGGAGAGAACAAGAGCUUGAACAAGGAGUUGAGCACCUGUACCUAAUUUUUCUAGUUAACUUAAUAUUUAUUUUAUAUUUUCUCCAAAUAUUAAUUGUCAUGUACCAAUGUUUUGCACCAGGAUCUUACUUUUUUUUUUGUUGGAUUACGUCCAGUUUUGUCUUCAGUACUGACUAAACAAUCCAAUAAACCCGAUUUUCCACAAGUGUCAAAUUGUACAUCAUCCCAUCAGUUUAAAAGUGAGAAAUGUACUCAUUUACUCUAGGCACUAUAAAUAAUUAAUUUCAUUCAUCCUUUUUCCCACAAGGAUUUUAACAAUUGGCUUAAAUGUUGUUAUUGAAAGCUUUUGUGAAACUGAAAGCUUUGUCUAUUGAACCUAUAUAUCUGAAGUUCUCCUGCUAGUGUUGAUCAUUUUUUCUGUUUGAUAAAUUAUUUGAAAUAAUAAAACAAAAAUU